AUGGUUGUGGAGGAUUUUGAUAUGGAAGAAGAUAGCUUAGGUGAUUUGGAGUUCAUUUAUCUACCUACUGAGUUGAUCAAUACAUCAACUUCCCCACCUGUGAUAAUUGCAAACAAUAGACAGCUUAAGAAUUUUCUUGGCUAUGUUGAAAAGAGUGUUUCUACUCUAUUGUGUUUAACAUCUAAAGCCAAGGGUCAGAAUCCGGAUGAAGCAGAAUUUGAUCUUAACAUGUCGCCAUCUGAUUCAAGUGAUGAUGAAGAGGAGAGCAAGUCCUCGAACAGAAGUGACGAAGCUCCUGUGUUUGCUGACACUCAGAGCGAGGAGAAGAAAGAAAAGGAUGACGGAGUCGAAUUUGAUGAGGAUGCCUAUGAGGCAGGUACUGAGAUCUGUGAAACCGAGAACAUAGAUAGUAAGUUAAACUCCUCUCUGCUCCAAGUUGUUAAGACGGGACAACAUUUUGAGAGCAAAACUUUGUUGAAGGCGACUUUCGAGAUAUGUGCAAUGAAGCAUAACUUUGACUACCAAGUUAUCAAAACGGAUAGGAAAGUUUGGUAUGUUAGAUGUGCGGAUGAUGCAUGCAGUUGGAGUGUUCGAGCAACGUGUUUGAAGGAUUCUAAAUUUUGCGUGAUCAAGAAGUAUGUCGGUCAACAUAGUUGCGCACCUUCAAGCAAAACCAAAGCGUGUAAGACUGCCUCGGCAAAAACUAUAGGCAGUCUCAUUAUGCAUAAGUAUGAAGGGGUCAAGGAGGGGCCAAAAUCAUUGGAUGCUCGUGAAUAUGCGAUCAAUGCAGUAAGAGGUAUUCCAGAGAGAAGUUAUGGGAAAAUACCAAAAUACUUGCACAUGCUGCGAGAGGCUAAUCCGGGGACACAUUCAGCUUAUGAGAUGGACGGCAAAGGGAGGUUUCAGUACCUGUUUAUUGCAUUUGGGCAAUCGAUAAGAGGUUUUAAGAGAGUCAUGAGGCAGCUCAAGCUUGUCAUAGAUGAUGAUCGCCAUUUGGCUUUUAUUUCGGACAGACAUGGGUCCAUCGUUAAGGGGCUUAAGAAGGUGUAUCCAGAAGCUAGACAUGGUAUAUGUAUUCAUCAUUUGUUGAAUAAUGUGGUCACCUACUACCAUGGGAAAGGACUUGUUGGGUUGGUUUCAAAGGCUUCAAAGACUUAUAGAGUCGCUGAUUUUGAUAAGACUUUUGCGAAUGUGUGUAAUAUCAGUCUGGCUAUUGGAAAAUACCUACGGGAUGCUGAUGUGCAGAAAUGGGCUAGAUGUCAAUUUCCUGGAUACCGAUACGACCUGAGGACAACCAACCCGGCAGAAUCUAUCAACUCUGCUUUGCGUUCGCCGAGAGAGUUUCCACUCAUUCCUUUGUUGGACAGUAUCAGGGAAAUGUUGACACGUUGGUUUUAUAAGCGUAAGAAGCUGAUUGCAAAGCAUAAUCAUCCUCUGACAAAAAAAGUGGAGUUAAAGAUAGCUAGGAGAACCAGGAAAGGCGCCACAUUUGAAGUUUACCCUGUCAGUGAAGGAAGAUUGCUUGUUAGAGGUGACAUGUUUGACUGCUUAGUUGAUCUGGAUAGACAGACUUGCUCAUGUGGAAAGUUCGACCUUUUGAAGAUCCCUUGUAGGCAUGCAAUUAAAGCUGGUUUUCAUGUUGGAAGGCAACCACACACAUUGACUGAUUUGAUGUAUACGACAGGAGCUUGGAGAGAAGCUUAUCAAGAAAGCAUAAAUCCUAUUGGUGUUCCUGAGGAUGCUUGGUCCAUACCAGAAGAUGUUAAGAAAGUCAAUGUGCUACCACCAGAGACAAGAAAGGCUGCAGGAAGAAAUAGAAAGCGCAGAUAUGAAACUGUUGAGGACAAAAUUUGA